AUGACGGCUUCCCCGGAUGAUGAAGAAUGGCAUCAGCUGGUGGAUGAAUAUCUCCAGGGAAGUGCCGAGUUUGGACUAACUUCGCCAGAAAACGGAGGCCGGUCCUACGUCCGCGAAGGGCAAAAUUCAUCGAAGCGAGGGCGAGUUGAUCCGUUGGGAAUGCCCGAGGCGAAUGGGAUGUCCGCAUCAGCCUCUGAAUCAGAAUCACGCUUGAUAAAAGAAUUUGGUCUUCCGAAUGCACUACCACCCACCAGCAAGAAACAGAAGUCAGGAGUGGCCAGCCGAUUACAGCUAAAAAGAAUGGGAUUGGUGAUCAACCUGGCCCUUGUCAACUUCAUUUGCAUGAUGAAUCCUGGAAGCAAUGCCAAUCACAUCCCAGUAGUAAAACAUUUCAUGAAUUUAUGGAAACAACUGUGCCACCACAUAAUUUUCCUUUGAGCUCCUCUAGAAUUGCCUUCGAUAGC